AUGAGCAAGCAAUCGAAAGGUGUAUAUAUGAAGCUGUGGAGGGAAGUUGGCCAGUCUUUCGAAGCAGUGGCACACGGCGAUGGCGAGGACGGAAGCGACAACAAUCGUGUCAUAUCAUUCUCCGAGCAGAUUGAAGCGCUCUACCUUGAAAACGCCAGGUUAGAGCAUGACAUCAGUCGGUGGAGGCACAAGGCAGAGGUCGCUGAAAGGGAGUAUAGCGAGUUGCUAUACAGCUAUCACAAGCUGCAAUCACAACAUACUAAGAUGGUCGACAUAACCAGCAAGUACAAGAGCACCGCCAUGCGAACCCUGACGGAGGCGUAUCGUAUGUUAGAGGAGUUUGACUCAGCAGAGGUUGAACUUCAAAUAGUAGCUCAAACCCACGAAUAA